CCGGGUCUGUUCCUGGUUGCGUUCGGCUGUUCUGAAUUGUUGCAGUGUGUAUCAAUGGAGUGGGAAUGGUAUCGUGAGUUAGCUAGCAAGUGAAUGGCAGGGAAUCCGUACACUUACCAUGGAAGGCAUGCUUUAUAAAUGGACCAAUUAUCUCAGUGGAUGGCAGCCACGCUGGUUUAUUCUUGCUGGAGGAAUUUUGUCCUAUUAUGAUUCACAAGAGGACACGUGGAAGGGCUGCAAAGGCAGCAUUAAGAUGGCAGUGUGUGAAAUACAAGUGCAUAAUAGUGACAACACAAGAAUGGAGCUGAUCAUUCCAGGGGAACAACACUUCUACCUGAAGGCUGCGAAUGCUGCUGACAGACAGAGGUGGCUUGUCGCCUUGGGAUCUUCCAAGGCUUGUCUGACGGACAGCAGGACAAAGAAAGAGAAAGAAAUAAGUGAAAACACUGAAUCCCUGAAAAAGAAGGUCUCCGAGCUGAGAUUGUAUUGUGAUCUUCUCCUCCACCAAGUGAAUAACCUAAAAGCGAGUGCACAAUCGAACCAGUCAAACCCAACUGAUACAGAGAUUGAUAUGGCAACUCUUCUACGAUCAACUUGCAACACCUUUAUGAAGACAUUGGACGAAUGCAUGCAAAUUGCAAAUGCUACCUUGAGGCCUGAACUGUUUCAACCGACACCUCCAAGUUCCCCACAUGUGACGGUCAUAAAACCAAACAGAAUUAAACACCAUCAUCAAUCCAGUUACAGUUGCACAAAAAGCAGGAAUGAGCUGAAUAACUUUCAAAAUGAAUCGACAAUAGACGAGGCCAACUUCAAGACUGUGGGAAGACCACAGUCAGAAAAUGACAAUCAGCAUCAACUAAACUCAAGAAUGGAAAAUGCAGAAAAUAUGGAAGCAGAGAGGAUGGACAACACUGAAGUAGUGGUUGCAGCUUCUGAGAAGACUGAUGUGAAUGUUGAACUUCAGCCUUCUGAAUUUGCAGACGAAGUUCCCACAAGUGGCGAGGACCUGGGUGACACAAAUGCAACGCCGGAAACAGAAGACAGAGAGAUUCAGACAUUUUUCAGUGCAAUGGAACAAAGAUUUAAUGAUAUCGAAUUUGAGGAAGAGAAUGGUAUUCCUACUCUACCAUUUCUGGAAUCUUGCUAUGCAAUAGUUCCAGUAUUAGAUAAACUUGGCCCAACGGUCUUUGCUCCAGUUAAAUUAGAUUUUGUGGGCAAUAUUAAGAAAAUAAAUCAGAAAUACAUCACUGAUUCCAUAAGGUUCACUACCCUUCAGAAGAUAGUACUGUAUGAAUUGGAAACUGAUGAGGCUACAGUGAGGAACUCUGCCACUGAGGCACUCCUGUGGUUGAAGAGAGGGUUAAAGUUUCUGAAAGGAUUUCUGGAAGAAGUGAACAAUGGAGAAAAGGAUAUCCAAAAAGCUCUAAACACAUCGUACAGUAGAACAUUACGCCAAUAUCACGGUUGGGUCGUUAGAGGUGUCUUUGCAUUGGCAUUAAGAGCAGCUCCAUUUUAUGAAGGCUUUAUGGCAGCUCUUGCUGUAAAUGAAGGAGAUGAACUGAAUGAGGCUUUCUAUGAAGGAAUGAAGAGAGAUUUAAGCCAGUAUCUUCCGGCCAUGGGGAAGCAAAUAGAGAUCUUGGAUGCUUUGUAUGAAGAAUAUAAUUUAGAAUCCGAUGAAGUGGUAUAAUGAUAAAUUAAUGUUCCUCAUAAUGUUGAUUGAAAAGGAAGAAACAUGACAUUUUUAGGUCACCUUUCACCAAAAAUGAAAUAUGCAGCAAAAUAUUAAUUUCUGUUUUAGCCAAGCCCUUUGCUUUCAGUUGAACUACAUUCUGUUAAAUUCCAAAACUUUAUGUGUGUGCUCUGUAAUGGACGAUGGAGGUACAUUUCUGCAUGUGUGUUUGAAGGUAGUGGCAUAUUUAGUGCUUUUCAUCCAAGUAUAUUGGAGUUCAGAUAUGUCACCUUAUUCCUUGAAAACCUUCUAGCAAAAUGACCACCAGGGCCUGAAAAUUUACAAAUUAACUUGAAACACUGAUCACUAUUUAUGUUUGAUGACAUUGCGUGUUCAUCCUGAAAAUAAUUGCUUGUUCUCUAUUUUGUAAAUUUGAGUUCUUAAUGUCCUCUAAAAGUGAUUGAUACGAAGACUUUUCUUUGUAUUGAAUCUGCUUGAAUAUGGUACAUUUCACUUGUUAGAGACACAAUGAGCUUAAGCAGAUGAGCAGUGUCCACCAAUGCUGGAGAAAGCUCAGCAGGUCUGGCAGCAUCUGUGGAGAGCAAAAUAGGAUAAUGUUUUGGUUAAUUUAGUUCUUCGCUGAAGAACCAUAACUCUGUUUGUCUGUCUGCAGAUGUUGCCAGACCUGAGUUUCUCCAACAUUUUCUGUUUGGUUCAGAUUUCCAGCAUCUGCAGUAUUUUGCUUUUUUUCGAGGCACUAAUUGAUAUAAUGAUUAAAAAUAUCACCCAAAAGCAAAUCCAGUCAGUCCAAAUCUAAUAAUGUAUGAAUUUAAUAUAAUUUAUGAUGUGAUAGAGAAUUUUGAUUAAAUCAAUGGACAUAAUUUUAAUCUAUUUCAUAACCUGCACAGCUAUAAUGUAAUUAUGUUUUAAAUAUGAUUUGUGGAGACUGCCACUGAACUUUAUUUAACAUGAAAGCUAAUUUGAGAAUGUUACAGCAAAAACACUUCUGACCUCUGCUCGAAGCAGCAGAGUUGUUUCGGCUAGGUCUGUACACACUAAUCCAUGCAACUCUCCCUACUUUAGCUGUUCCAGUCCAAUGUUUCAGAAGUGAAGUGAUAAGUUGAAACAGUAUUCUACCUGAUUAUGUAAAGGGACAGAAGAAUUAAUGGCCAAGGUACGUGCCAAAGUAAUCCAUCUCCAAUGCAAUUUGUAUGCACAGGCUUCUGUAGACAACUGACUGGAACACAAGGUCAACUCCAAACCUAAUUGGGGAAAAGGCCUGAGCUAUAAAAGAACCUAGAGAAUAAGUUGACAUGAACAUUUCAAAAUUAUUACUCAAUGUGAAGAAGUUGCCAACACUCUUCUUUGGCAAAUUUAUGGUCCUGCCAACUUAUCACCUGGGGUAACUGAACUAACUUAACCUAGUCUAGAUUUUAGAAGUCUUUCUACGAUGCAGUAAAUGGACUUAGCCUGUAAUUAUAGCCAUGAGAAUUUAUUUAACUGAACGUGUACUUGUGGUGUGUGUGUGUGUAUAUAUACAUAUAUAU